AUGAUCAGGAAUAUUGUGUUUUUUCUGACAUUUACUUUAAUAAGUGCAAAAUUCAAGUUUGAUAACUAUACAUUGUAUAAAAUAUUACCUGAAAAUGCAAACGAUAUUCAAGUACUUCGUAAUAUACAAGAAAAUGAUCGAAGAUAUGAUUUCUGGACAAAUCCGGCUCCCAUUUUAGACUUUGUGAAUGUUAUGUCUAGUCCAGAACAUAAGAAUGAUCUGGAGGUUAUUCUUAAUGAUAAUGGAAUAAAAUUUACUGUAUCGAUGUCCAACGUACAAGAAGCUAUUAAUAAGGAGAAUCUAGGAACGUAUACUAGCAGAAAUCUCAGGUCAAUGAGAUGGGAUAGUUACUAUACACUGGAUCAAAUCAAUAAUUGGUUAGACGAUUUAGUUGCAAGGUAUUCUGAUGUAGCUACAAUCAUAGUUGGAGGUGAAACCUACGAAGGCAGACAAAUAAGAGGAGUCAAAAUAUCUCACGGAAGUGGAAAGAGAGCGAUUUUCAUUGAAAGCGGUAUACAUGCAAGAGAAUGGAUCACAAUAGCAACAACGAACUACAUAAUUGAUCGAUUACUAAGAAGUAAUAAUGAAGAUAUUAAAGCGAUUGCUAGAGAAUUUGAUUGGUACAUUUUCCCCGUAACAAAUCCAGACGGAUAUGUCUGGAGCCACGAUGAGUUCAGAAUGUGGCGUAAAAACAGAAGACCAAUUCGUUCAGAAUUUGGUGUGGAUUUAAACAGAAACUGGAACAGCAAUUGGUUCCUUCACGGAUCCAGUAUGGAUCCAUCUACCGACAUAUAUGCCGGCAAUGGUCCAUUUUCUGAGGUGGAAACAAGAACUUUAUCAGAAUAUAUACGAUCUCUUAGUGGGCAGAUUGAUUUGUAUCUAUCAAUGCAUUCUUUCAGUCAGCUGUUACUGUUGCCAUUCGGAAAUUCUACACAGGGUUAUGCAAAUUAUAAUGAUGCCAUGAACAUAGGAAGAAGAGCUAUGGGCGCCUUGUCAGUCAGAUAUGGAACUCAGUACGUAACAGGAAACAUCGCUGAGGCCAUAUAUCUUGCAACGGGUGGAAGCAUCGACUGGGUCAAAGAAGCUCUGAACAUUCCUCUUGUAUAUUGCUAUGAGUUCCGUGACAAAGGACAAUAUGGCUUCCUCCUCCCAGCUGAUCAAAUCAUUCCCAACAGCGAAGAAGUAUUGGACUCUUUAGUAGACCUUAUUUUCCAAGCUAAGCGAUUCGGAUACAUGAACAGUGCUAACAGUGCUAAUAAUGUCAAAAUGUCUACCUUAAAUCUGCUUAGUGUACUUGCAAUUAUUUUGUAUACGUACUAA